GGGAGGGAGAGAAGCAAGGAGAGGAGGGUUACAGAGUGACUGUGGAGGACGGUGUUUCUCUAUUCCAGAUACUUCUAAGAUUGGAGAUUCUUUUCUGGUGGGGAGACUCCGGGUCUGGCAGCCAGUUAGGCAGUGGCAAAAUAAAAUGGACAGCGAGAGACAAACGUUCCAGCCACCUUUCCGCCUCCCGGAGAUCCCGGAGCUCUUCUCCAGCCAAUUCGUUUCCCAGCUGGAGUCUCUGAGCGCGCUGGACUACGAGAGCCCAGGGAGCGCCUAGAAGCUAGCUGCUCCUCGGAGAUGCCUUCGCCUGAGCAGUAAGAACUUCCUGCUUGAGUCCCUGCAUCCCCUCCCCCGUUGAAACUCCCCAGGAAAGAGGGGCGGAAGACCCCAGGGGGAGGGUCGAGGGGUAUCCUGGCGCAGCUCUUUCUCCCCUCCCCUCCCCUGCCGGGCGCGCAGGCAUGGAUGUGCUCAGCCCCUUACAGGGCAACAACACUACGUCGUCCCAGGGUCCCUUCGGAACACGCGCCAACGCUACUGGCAUCUCCGACGUGACCUUCAGCUACCAAGUGAUCACCUCUCUGCUGCUGGGCACGCUCAUCUUCUGCGCGGUGCUGGGCAAUGCGUGCGUGGUGGCCGCCAUAGCCUUGGAGCGCUCCCUGCAAAACGUGGCGAACUAUCUUAUAGGCUCGUUGGCCGUCACAGACCUCAUGGUGUCGGUGCUGGUGCUGCCCAUGGCCGCGUUGUACCAGGUGCUCAACAAGUGGACUCUGGGACAGGUCACCUGUGACCUGUUCAUCGCCCUCGACGUGCUGUGCUGCACCUCGUCCAUCCUGCACCUGUGCGCUAUCGCGCUGGACAGGUACUGGGCCAUCACAGACCCCAUCGACUACGUGAACAAGAGGACGCCCCGGCGCGCAGCUGCACUCAUCUCGCUCACCUGGCUCAUUGGCUUCCUCAUCUCCAUCCCGCCCAUGCUGGGCUGGCGUACCCCGGAAGACCGCUCGGACCCCGACGCGUGCACCAUCAGCAAGGACCAUGGCUACACUAUUUACUCCACCUUUGGCGCUUUCUACAUCCCGCUGCUGCUCAUGCUGGUUCUCUACGGGCGCAUCUUCCGAGCCGCGCGAUUCCGCAUCCGCAAGACAGUCAAGAAGGAGGAGAAGAAGGUAGCCAACAACCGCCUUGGGGCGUCGCCAGCCCCGCAGCCCAGAAAGAGCGUAAAUGGUGAGCCGGGUAGCAAAGACUGGAGGCAGGGCAUGGAGAACAAGGCAACAGGGGCUCCGUGCGCCAAUGGAGCCGUGAGGCAGGGCGACGAAGGAGCCGCCCUGGAAGUGAUCGAAGUGCACCGGGUGGGCAACUCCAAAGAGCACCUGCCGCUGCCCAGCGAGGCCGGUGCUGUCCCAUGCGUCCCCGCCUCCUUCGAGAAGAAAAAUGAGCGCAACGCCGAGGCCAAGCGUAAGAUGGCCCUGGCCCGCGAGAGGAAGACGGUGAAGACGCUGGGCAUCAUCAUGGGCACCUUCAUCCUCUGCUGGUUGCCCUUCUUCAUCGUGGCCCUGGUCCUGCCCUUCUGCGAAAGCAGCUGCCACAUGCCCACCCUGUUGGGCGCCAUAAUCAACUGGCUGGGCUACUCCAACUCUCUGCUCAACCCUGUCAUUUACGCCUACUUCAACAAGGACUUCCAAAACGCAUUUAAGAAGAUCAUAAAGUGCAAGUUCUGCCGCCGAUGAUGAUGGAGGCGUAGCUGGCGCGUAGGCCCACUCCACCCAGCCCUCUGGAAUCAAAACCUUUGCUACUUUUCCUCUAACAUUCACAUCUGCUCCGCGCGCUGCUUCCAGACCCCCUCCCCCUCCCCCAGCCCUCUAUUCCCAGCGGGGAAGGAGGGAGCCCCAUGCAAAGAGACUACAGCCGCGGGGCAAGAGAGUCUGGGAAAAACCUAGAGUCUGUGAGAGGCGACCUUGGCUCAAACUUUGGUCUGGGAAUCACUUUUGAUUCCAGCAAUUGCCUCCUCCCUCUUCUGCCCCCAAAUCUUCGCGGCGGAAGUUUAAGCCUUACCCGUUCAAGGCAAAAAAUCCACACAGAAGAAGAAAGUGUACACCCAGCCGCCGCGCCCACUAAAGGCUCCCACCUGAUCGCCUCACUGCUACAACUUGAACUUAAGGUUCAGGACUUUGCUUCAUUCCCCAGCAACCCCAUCCCCGCCCGCCUUCUUGCCCUAGAAACGUUCACUGUUUUUGCGGUCUCAUCCCUUAUUUCCUUUUCCAUCUUCCCUUUAUGCCCUCGCGAGUCCCUAUGCACUAAAUUGCUAGUCGGGAAAUCUGGGAGGGUCUGCUUUUCCCGGUGCCUAAGGUGUCCCCGGGAAUCUCCGCCUCCUGGUGCAGAUUCCCAGAGUAACUCGCCCGGGAACAGCCCCAUGCUUUGUUUUCUUGGAUUCAAAACAAGUGGCUGGAAGUUGUCUCUUAGAGUGGACCUGUAAGUACAAGGCUAGAGCAGUGGGGCAGAGCGAGGUAGAACGAAUUUACCCUUGCCUGCCUUGGUGUCAGCACUCACCAAAGAAGCUGACAGUCAUUGGGAAGGGAGAGCGGACUUCUGUUAUUACAGGUUGCUGGCGAGUCUGAACUGGCUGGCAUCGCCACUUACCUACUGUGGGAGGCGCCCGCCGACCACGCUGCGCGCGCUGGGGCAAGGUGGGGGGGGGGGGCGUGCCACGUGCAGGGAAUCCCCGAGCCUUGCGCCCUCUCUGAGGUCUGGCGUGCGCUCAGCGCGCACUGAAAACUAAUCCCGACUGGAGCCUUCCCUCCGCCUACGCCCCAGGACCAGCUGAAGAGAGGGUAAACAACAGUUAAGGUUUGCGGAAACCGGCGCUUCUAGGUCCAGCCAAGCUCUAGAGACCAGAAAGACCAGCAAGUCCCACGGGGUGGCGUUUUCCAGGUGGGCCCGAGCUCUAGCUGGCACUCCCCUUGGAAACUGAAAGAGCAAGUUUAUCCAAAAGAAGCAGAUUCUUUUCCUCCUAAUUCCACCCCUCGCCCUUUUCGGAUAGGGAGAUAGGUCUGUUUAGCGCAUCCUAACACUGCACAGGAUUUGUUCUGCAGGACGUCCAGGACACUUAGUUAACCACGACUUUGGUUCCCAAAAGGGAAAUUUGGGCUUUCAGUAGAAUGGGCCCCCGAUCUGUGACCUCACAGGCGCUUACCUUAAAUAAUGAGGCCCUAAAGAACUAGCUAGGUGUGCUCUCUCUGCAGAGUCCUGGAGACUCUUGUACAUUUGCUCCUUGGCCUGACUGCCCUGCAACACAGGUUUGCCAGGAAACCGGCCUCUUGCCAUUUGAAUAUGUGGAGUACUCCAAGCUUUCUUCCCCUUAAAAGUAUUCUUUCAGCCUUGCCACUCCUGCUGAAAAACUGGUUAUCUUUACUGUCCCCAGAAGGGAAGUUUUUCGGUGCUCCAUUUGAAUGUAAAUUUCCAUCCAUGUGACCGGGGUCAAGAGGUUUGUUAUAGUUAAAUUCGUUUUCCAAUAAUUGCACAACAUUAUUGAUUCUUACGCCCCUCUCCCUUCAUGUGUACCUUUUGAAUGAUUGCUUGGGCUGUUUUGAGAGCCAUGUUGCAAAAGUUGCCAAUGAAAAAGUUCACUUGUGUUAAAAUUAAGGUGAAAAGACAGCUCUAUCACUUGUAGCCAUUUUAUUGUUUGCCAAACCGAACAAAGCUCCAUUUGGUAUCUUUUUCUCGGACCUAAACUGAGAGUAAGCAUCGUCUCCCAUUAAUAUAGAGAAAGUAUAAGAACUAUGGGAACUUAGUGGAUGGUUUGUCUAUGCAUAUGUAAUGCUUGAAAGGGACUAUGGUGGAUAACAUGAGGGAGACUUCUGCAGUCCAUCAGUUAUUUAUUCGAAAAUUCAUUUUCUUUUUUGCUCACAAUAAUUUAAGUAGAGCCAUAUGAAAAAACAAACUUUGCUGUAUGUCUUUCUAAAUUUUAAGAACAAAUUCUACAUAUAAAAUAAUUCAAGUCUGAAAUUUGCUCAUCCAAAUUAUGCCUUGGUCAGCAUUUGAAGUCUUGAGACUUCUAUUUAGUUGUGUCUUUUACAGAACUAUGGCAAUGGCUUUUGGGCAUUUGUUCUUCCUGCUUUGGAGGAUUUACACAAGAAUGGGGAAGGAGCAUCCAACUGGAGUAUAUAAUUGCCAAAGCAAUAGAGAAAUUUGAGGAAUAAGUGCAAAAGAGCUGCAUAGCACUAAAGAACCCCUGAUGCUUUUUUUUUCCUUUUAAAGUAUUGCAUUAAGGUAAAGUAUAUAUGCAUUAAAAUUGACCUUUACUCUUCCCUGUGACAAUAAAGGACUUUAAUCAUUGUAAUGCUACAAUAAACUGAUAUCAGUAA